AUGCAGAUGAGUCGUUUAGGCACCGCCAUGGACGAGGACGGCGCUGGUCACGCUUUGACCGACUUCUUGUUACAACUAGAGAACUACAAUCCUUCUAUACCAGACUCCGUUGUUGCGUACUACUUGAAUAUGUCUGGCUUCGAAUCUCAAGAUCCUAGGUUAAUCCGACUAAUAGCAUUGGCAUCACAGAAAUUCCUAUCCGACGUAGCGAACGACGCUCUCCAACACUGCAAGAUGAGAACGUCCAGCCAAAUGACACAAAGCACGAAGAAUCAGAAAGGGCCGAAGGAAAAGAAAUACGUUAUGACUAUGGAGGAUUUAGUUCCAGCAUUACAAGAGUACGGCAUUUCGGCCAAGAAACCACAUUACUUUGUCUAA